AUGGACUAUCAGCCCGCUCCCAACCGGGUACAGUUUGCUGGCAUUGAAUACCACUGGGUACCAUCGGCAGCUCCAUCCCCAGGUCACUCCGUACCUGGCCAAGCUGGCCUUCCCCCUGUCGCUUGGUGUUGUCUUGCCUUUUGUCGGUCACCAGGGGACGAGGUUUACAGGACAUCGAAUUCGCUCCAGCACUAA